CUGCAAAAAGUUGCACUUUGUCGUGACUUGUCAGCCGAGCAACUGUUCCGUCGUUGCUGCAUCAAUAAUAUCUUGAACAUAUCCAAUCUCAACUCACAACAUGGCUCAAGGAUCCGGAGACAACCAAAGCCAAUGGAAUGUCUCGAUUUCAAAGACGGCUGAGAACACGUUCAAUCCCAUCCGAAAUGUUGUCGAUACAAUGACAAUCGAACCGAAUCCUGACAUAAAAUUGAUUAGUCUCACAGUUGGUGAUCCAUGUGUGUUUGGUAAUCUUCCACCCAAUGAGAAAUGUGUUCAAGCUUUUUGUGAUGCAAUCAAGUCAAGCAAAGAGGAUGGUUACAGACCAGGACAUGGAACACCCGUGGCCCGUGAAGCGGUAGCAAAGUAUUUCUCCACGCCAGAAUAUACUGUGAAUUCAGAGGAUGUCAUGCUUGCUAGCGGCUGUUCUGGUGCCAUCGAAUUAGCAAUCGAUGUUUUGGCAGAUGCCGGCGACAAUGUCCUCAUUCCACAGCCUGGUUUCUCUCUGUACGAUUGUCUUUGUGGCUCCAAGGGCAUUGAAAUCCGCCAUUACAGACUUAUCCCAGAGAAAUGUUGGGAAGCUGACUUGGAGGCGAUGACCUCUCUAAUCAACGAGAAGACAAAGUGUAUAGUUGUGAUCAACCCAUCAAAUCCUUGUGGAUCUGUCUACACCAAGGAACAUCUGGAAGCUAUUUUGGCCGUCGCUGAAAAGCAUAAAAUUCCUAUCCUGUGCGAUGAAGUGUAUGCGUUUGUUACAUAUGGAGAUCGUCCAUUUUAUAGUAUGGGAAAACUGACAAAGACUGUCCCAGUUCUGACGGUUGGUGGCAUUGGUAAAAGGUUUUUGGUCCCGGGCUGGCGUUUGGGCUGGGUCAUCGUUCAUGACAGAAAUAAAAUCUUCGGUGAAGAGGUGAGAGCUGGCCUUCGUCGUCUUUCCCAAAGAGUUCUAGGACCGUGUUGCCCGCUCCAAGCUGCCCUGCCUGUGAUAUUGUCUGAGUGCCAACCGGAGUUCUUUCAAAAGACCCUUACACUCAUGAAAACAAUCUCAGGAAUAUUUUACGAGAGUUGUUCCGCUAUUCCUGAACUUUUCCCUGUGAAAGCAUUUGGUGCAAUGUAUAUGCUGAUUGGUAUCAACAUCGACAAGUUGACAGGCGUUAAAGAUGAUGUUGAAUUCACACAGCUCUUGAUGUCAGAGCAGUCGGUGUUUUGUCUGCCUGCCAAAUGCUUCCAGUGUCCCAACUUCUUCCGCGUGGUUCUCACGUGCCCUGAGGACAUCGCGCGCGAAGCGUGCGCACGGAUGGCAAAAUUCUGUCAAGAUCACCGAAAAAGUGGUUAAUCGACACGCUGGUAACCGGAACUCUAUUAAAAAAAUAUUGAUACAACCCAAAUUAAAACGACUUUCUAAAGCGAUUGAAUUUCAAUAUCAGCUGAUAAUGUAAAACAUUAUACCGUUAAAGAUGAUGCCAAGUCCGUUCUGCGCAUGUUCUGUUCAUAACAAACAAAGCAAGAUUUCAAAAGUAACUCUUGAAUGUUUGAAAUUUCAAUUGCAUUAAAAUCAGAACAUGACAAAGCUUCUAUUAUCAACUAUUCGACUGCCAUGACCAUUGACCAGAAUCUGGCACCCUACGCCUGGAGUGUUGUUGACUGUUUGUUGUGAACAAAUGAAUGCAAAAAGCGGACUUUACAUCAUCUUAACAAAACUUUAUGAUUAUUAUUAUUAUUAUUAUUAAUGAUUAU